CCGCCUGGGUCCCACCCGCCACCGCAAGGCCUCGGUGCCUUGCUGGCAGCACUACCAUGGCUGGGGGCCGCGGGGCCCCCGGGCGUGGUCGAGACGAGCCGUCAGAGAGCUACCCGCAGAGACAGGACCACGAGCUGCAGGCCCUGGAGGCCAUCUACGGCGCAGACUUCCAGGACCUGCGGCCGGACGCGUGCGGACGGGUCAAAGAGCCUCCUGAAAUCAAUUUAGUUCUGUACCCUCAGGGCCUGACUGGUGAAGAAGUAUACGUGAAAGUGGAUUUGAGGGUUAAAUGCCCACCCACUUAUCCAGAUGUAGUCCCUGAAAUAGAAUUAAAGAAUGCCAAAGGUCUAUCAAAUGAAAGUGUUAAUUUGUUAAAGUCUCACCUAGAAGACGUGGCCAAAAAACAUUGUGGCGAGGUGAUGAUAUUUGAACUGGCUUACUACGUGCAGUCAUUUCUCAGCGAGCACAACAAGCCCCCUCCCAAGUCGUUUCAUGAAGAAAUGCUGGCAAGGCAGGCUCAGGAGGAGCAGCGGAGGCAGCUUGAGGCCAAGCGGAGAGAGGAACAGGAGCAACGUGAAAUCCUUCAUGAGAUUCAGAGAAGGAAAGAAGAGAUAAAAGAAGAGAAAAAAAGGAAAGAAAUGGCUAAGCAGGGACGUUUAGAAAUCGCUAGUUUGUCAAGCCAAGAUCAUACCUCGAGGAGAGACCCCGGAGGACAUAGAGCAGCUGCCAUUCUACACGGAGGCUCUCCUGACUUUGUCGGAAACGGUAAACAUCGGACCAGCUCCUCUGGGAGGUCUCGGCGAGAACGUCAGUAUUCUGCAUGUAGUAGUGAAGAUUCCCCUGGCUUUUGUGAAAUCCUGUAUUUCUCUGUGGGUAGUCCUGAUCAGCUCAUGGUGCACAAAGGGAAAUGUAUUGGCAGCGAUGAGCAGCUUGGAAAAUUAGUUUACAAUGCUUUGGAAACAGCCACUGGCAGUUUCGUCUUGUUGUAUGAGUGGGUCCUUCAGUGGCAGAAAAAAAUGGGUCCAUUCCUUACCAGUCAAGAAAAAGAGAAGAUUGAUAAGUGCAAAAAGCAGAUUCAAGGGGCAGAAACGGAAUUCAGCUCACUGGUAAAACUGAGCCACCCAAACGUAGUACGGUACUUUGCAAUGAAUCUCAAAGAGCAGGCUGAUUCUAUCGUGGUGGACAUUUUAGUGGAGCACACUAAUGGAGUCUCCCUCGCAGCCCACCUGAGCCACUCAGGCCCCAUCCCCGUGCAGCAGCUUCGCAGGUACGCAGCUCAGCUCCUAUCUGGCCUCGAUUAUUUACACAGCAACUCCGUAGUGCACAAGGUCCUGAGUGCAUCGAAUGUCUUGCUGGACGCAGAGGGCACCGUCAAGAUUACGGACUACAGCAUUUCUAAGCGCCUAGCAGACAUUUGCAAGGAGGACGUGUUUGAGCAAACCCGGGUUCGUUUUAGUGACAGUGCCCUGCCUUAUAAAACGGGGAAGAAAGGGGAUGUUUGGAGACUUGGCCUUCUGCUGCUCUCCCUCAGCCAAGGACAGGAAUGUGAAGAAUACCCGGUGACCAUCCCUAGUGACUUACCAGCUGACUUUCAAGAUUUUCUGAAGAAGUGUGUCUGCUUGGAUGACAAGGAAAGAUGGAGUCCUCAGCAGUUGUUAAAACACAGGUUUAUCAAUCCUCAGCCAAAAACGCCUUUACUGGAACAAAGUCCUGAAGAUUCUGGAGGACAAGAUUACAUGGAGACUGUUAUUCCUAGCAACCAGCUACCCAGUGCUGCGUUCUUCAGUGAGACACAGAGACAGUUUUCCCGCUAUUUCAUCGAGUUUGAGGAGUUACAGCUUCUCGGCAAAGGAGCUUUUGGAGCUGUCAUCAAGGUACAGAACAAGCUGGACGGCUGCUGCUACGCCGUGAAGCGCAUCCCCAUCAACCCGGCCAGCAGGCAUUUCCGCAGGAUCAAGGGCGAGGUGACGCUGCUGUCCCGCCUGCACCACGAGAACAUCGUGCGCUACUACAACGCCUGGAUCGAGAGACACGAGCGGCCGGUCGGCCCUGCGAUGCCGCCCCCAGACGCGGGGCCCCAGGCCCGGGACGGGCGAGCCUUGCCCCGGCCGCCGGCGGGCGACAGCGACACGGACGGCCCGGGCAGCGUGGAGGCGGCCGCGCCGCCGCCCAUCCUCAGCAGCUCGGUGGAGUGGAGCACGUCCGGCGAGCGCUCCGCCAGCGCCCGCUUCCCCGCCACCGGCCCCGGCUCCAGCAGCGACGAGGAGGACGACGAGGAGCACGACGGCGUCUUCUCACAGUCCUUCCUACCUGCUUCAGAUUCUGACAGCGAUAUCAUCUUUGACAAUGAAGAUGAGAACAGUAAAAGUCAGAAUCAGGAUGAAGGCUGCAAUGGAAAGAGCAGUUGCCGUGAAAGUGAGCCACCGGCGACCACUGAGGCUGUGCACUACCUCUACAUCCAGAUGGAGUAUUGUGAAAAGAGCACUUUACGUGACACCAUUGACCAGGGGCUGUAUCAGGACACCAUCAGGCUCUGGAGGCUUUUCCGAGAGAUUCUAGAUGGCUUGGCUUAUAUCCAUGAGAAAGGAAUGAUUCACCGGGAUUUGAAGCCUGUCAACAUUUUUUUGGAUUCUGAUGACCAUGUGAAAAUAGGGGAUUUUGGUUUGGCGACAGACCAUCUAGCCUUUGCUGCUGAUGGCAAACAAGAUGAUACAUCAGACCACUUGAUUAAAUCAGACCCUUCAGGUCAUUUGACUGGGAUGGUUGGCACUGCUUUAUAUGUAAGCCCAGAGGUCCAAGGAAGCACCAAAUCUGCAUACAACCAGAAAGUGGAUCUCUUCAGCCUGGGAAUUAUCUUCUUUGAAAUGUCCUAUCACCCGAUGGUCACAGCCUCAGAAAGGAUCUUUGUUCUCAACCAGCUGAGAGACCCCAGUUCACCUAAGUUUCCAGAAGAUUUCGAUGAUGGAGAGCAUACAAAGCAGAAAUCUGUCAUCUCCUGGCUGUUGAACCAUGAUCCAGCAAAGCGGCCCACAGCCACAGAACUGCUUAAGAGUGAGCUGCUGCCCCCGCCCCAGAUGGAGGAGUCGGAGCUUCACGAGGUGCUGCACCACACCCUGGCCAACGUGGACGGCAAGGCCUAUCGCACCAUGAUGGCCCAGAUCUUCUCCCAGCGCGUCUCCCCUGCCAUCGAUUAUACCUAUGACAGCGACAUACUAAAGGGCAGCUUCUCGAUCCGUACAGCCAAGAUACAGCAACAUGUGUGUGAAACCAUCAUCCGCAUCUUCAAAAGACAUGGAGCUGUCCAAUUGUGUACCCCGCUACUGCUUCCCCGAAACAGACAAAUAUACGAGCACAACGAAGCUGCCUUGUUCAUGGACCACAGCGGGAUGCUCGUGAUGCUUCCUUUCGACCUGCGGGUACCUUUUGCAAGAUAUGUGGCAAGAAAUAAUAUAUUGAAUUUAAAACGAUACUGCAUAGAACGUGUGUUCAGACCUCGCAAAUUAGACCGAUUCCACCCCAAGGAACUUCUGGAAUGUGCAUUUGAUAUUGUCACCUCUACCACCAACAGCUCUCUGCCCACUGCUGAAAUCAUCUACACCAUCUAUGAAAUCAUCCAGGAGUUCCCAGCACUUCAGGAAAGAAAUUACAGUAUUUACUUAAACCAUACCAUGUUACUGAAAGCAAUACUCUUACACUGUGGGAUCCCAGAAGAUAAACUCAGUCAAGUCUAUGUUAUUCUGUAUGAUGCUGUGACAGAAAAGCUGACUCGGAGAGAAGUGGAAGCUAAAUUUUGUAAUCUGUCUUUGUCGUCUAAUAGCCUGUGUCGGCUCUACAAAUUUAUUGAGCAGAAGGGAGAGCUGCAAGAUCUGACGCCAACCAUAAAUUCAUUAAUAAAACAGAAAACAGGUGUUGCCCAGUUGGUGAAAUAUGCCUUAAAAGAUCUAGAGGAGGUUGUUGGACUGCUGAAGAAACUUGGCAUAAAGUUACAGGUCUUGAUCAAUUUGGGCUUGGUUUACAAGGUGCAGCAGCACAACGGAAUCAUCUUCCAGUUUGUGGCUUUCAUCAGACGGAGGCAAAGGGCUAUACCUGAAAUCCUUGCAGCUGGUGGCAGAUACGACCUGCUGAUUCCCCAGUUUAGAGGGCCACAGGCGCUGGGGCCAGUUCCAACCGCCAUCGGGGCCAGCAUAGCUAUAGACAAGAUCACCGCUGCCACCCUUGGCGCGGAAGAGCCCGUUAUUAUAAGCUCUUGUGACCUCCUGGUUGUAAGUGUUGGCCAGAUGUCCAUGUCCAGGGCCAUCAACCUAACCCAGAAGCUCUGGUCAGCGGGAAUCACAGCAGAAAUCAUGUAUGACUGGUCACAGUCUCAAGAGGAAUUACAGGAGUACUGCAGACAUCACGAAAUCACCUAUGUGGCCCUUGUCUCAGAUAAAGAGGGAAGCCAUGUUAAGGUUAAGUCUUUUGAGAAGGAAAGACAAACAGAGAAACGUGUGUUGGAGUCUGAUCUUGUAGACCACGUUGUGCAGAAACUGAGGACAAAAGUCAGUGAUGAGAGGACUGUCAGAGAAGCUUCCGAUAAUCUUGCAGUACAAAAUCUGAAGGGGUCAUUUUCUAAUGCUUCAGGUUUGUUUGAAGUCCAUGGAGCAACAGUUGUUCCCAUUGUGAGUGUGAUGGCCCCAGAGAAGCUGUCCGCCAGCACUAGGAGGCGGUAUGAAACUCAGGUACAAACCCGACUUCAGACCUCUCUUGCCAACUUACAUCAGAAAAGCAGUGAAAUUGAAAUUUUGGCUGUGGAUCUACCCAAAGAAACAAUCUUACAGUUUUUAUCAUUAGAGUGGGAUGGUGAUGAACAGGCAUUUAACACAACUGUGAAGCAGCUGCUGUCACGCCUGCCAAAGCAAAGAUACCUCAAAUUAGUCUGUGAUGAAAUUUAUAACAUCAAAGUAGAAAAAAAGGUGUCUGUACUAUUUCUGUAUAGCUACAGAGAUGACUACUACAGAAUCUUAUUUUAAUCCUAAAGAACCAUCAUUACACUCUUCAGACAGGAGCUUAUACUAUAAAAUGUUGUACAUUCAUUGUAAUUUUAAAUUAACUUUACAGUCUAAGAAGCUGUCCUACAAAGUUGAGCUUUGUAAGUUUUCCAUGUGUAAUAUAUUAUACAUUUGUCUUUUUGAAUAUAAAAAAUGUUUUCAUAUA